GUUUACAUGUAGCGCGUUUUGUUGUUAUACAAAACUGGAUGAUACGAUGAUGUUUGCUGCAGAAAUUUUAGUGAUAAUGCAUGAAGUGGAAGGGAAAGGAGAACUGUACGAAGAGCGAGCCUUUUCUUGUUCGUCAAUCACGUGACAUUUUCAAACGCAAUUAUAAUUUAUAUUAAAAGUUGCACUUGUUUGCAAGACGUUCAUGAUGUCCGAUUUUCAUUCGGCUUUCAAAAAAAAAUUAUGUAUGCGCGCCUACCGGGCAACGCCUCAUUAUUUGAUACCAGGAUUGAACCAGCAGAGAGCAUUAUGCCCUGAACACUGUAGUGAGCAUGGAACCCAACACACUCUUCAUUGUGUCGGGCAUAAAUUGUUUAUACCAAAAACGGAAACACCACGUCUAGUUGUAAGUGGACGUGACGUAGCUACAUCUCUCGUUAGUGAGAAGCUCAAAUGGCAAGAAAAGGCAAAUGCGUUGGCAGUACGUUACAGGAAGAACCCCAAAGCUAAUGCUUCACUGGAACUAUUACAUGGAAAAGUACUUGCAGGAGUAACUGAUGUUACUGUAUCAAAUCUAUUGGCACAGUUUGUGAAGCACAUGAGCAGUGAUCCUGAUGCAGACUUUACUGGGCCUUACAACUGGUAUUACAGUGAGGGAACCCUCAGCGUUGUCAACUUGAAGAAGAAACCCUUUGUAAUUUCCGUGCAAGGCAGAUAUCUGGACAAAAUAUGUUCUGUUCCACUAGAAGAAAAUAAUGGUGAAUGGAAACCUUGCCUCUCAUCAACCAUAACAAAAUGUGCCCCCAUUCGACGAAAACCCAUAUAUCAAAUAAAAGCAAGGAAUGUAAAAGGACGAGCUGUCAUAGGUGUGCGGCAGAGAAAUGCUGUUGCAGUUUAUUUGAACAAUGCCUGCAGACAUGAUUUGAAUCUUGUGCAACUUCAUACAUAUAAAAUUUGUGAGAAUGAGAGACCAUUAUCAGGCUUGGACCUUGAUACUUCUAAACCAGGGCACUUUUGUAGCUCUCACAGUGACAGGACAAUAAAAGUCUGGGAUCCUACACGCAGGAUACCCCUGCUGGAAGGCAGAGCUGCUCGCAAUAUAAACUGCCAGAAAGAAACUGGAAGUAGCUGGUGUGGUGUGUGGUAUGAUAAAAAUGACAUCAACCAGGUUGUUGUUGCCGACAACUGUUGUGUUACUUGGCACGAUAUCAGGUGCGGACUUAGUAAGAGUAAAGGAAUUUGCCUUGCGAGCACCAAACACAAGCUCCCACUGGAGUGGUCAUGCGAGGAAGUCUCACUUUUGGUGCCAUCACAGCUGCACCAUCAGUUGUACAUCGGCACUACCCACAGCCUGCUGCAGGUCGACAAAAGGUGGCCAACUCUAGCGCCACAGCCUGUGCGUCGAUGGACACACAUGCUAAAUGGACACUUAUUGAUGGGUCAGACUGUUCCACUCCAAGGAACAAAAUCUGAGAUUAUUUGUGUUUCCUGUACCCAGCAGGCAGUAGUGGUUCUUGGAGGCGAAAUCUGUUGCAGUCAGCAUCCACCUCUCUGUGUAACUGAAGCAUGUGGUAAUCAGGGCAUCGUGGGGCUUUCAUUUCUGCCACAUCCUUAUCUAAAAAGAAGUGACAUCAUUACACAAACUGGUAGUGGUGAUAUUAACUCACUUUGUUUAAAAUGGGAUGCUGGAGUUGUGGAAAAACCGGAAAUAUCAGAUGCAAAAUACCACUGCAAAUCUUCAGAAGCCACCUGGACACUGGGAAGGGGCCGACAGCUCCAUGUCACAGAACGCUGCAACAUGCAGCCAGUGUACUUAGGCUUACAGAGUGCCAGGAAGAGGUCACUUCACAGACAACACACUUCAUCCCUACAAAAACAACCAUGGCAAAGAUCAAAAGCAGAUUUGAUGUCUUACACUGAUGUCUUAGCUCCAGGAAUACUCGAGGCAUGGGGAAUAGAUGAUAUGCAGGAAUGGUCACCUACCAUCACAGAGCCUUCUGCUGUUGACAAAGUUCAGCAGUGGCUACAAAUGAAUUCCACAUCACUGAAUACUGUUGAUGGAGAAAGUGAAAUUACAGCUGUUGAGAGUGUUUCUGCAAGUAGACUUCAGACUGCAGAUCAGACAUAUUUGUCAGGUGUUCUUCCAGCAUCACAGUUUGUCGAGGAUGAGGCAGAAAAUUUCGACCCGAUUACAACCCAUCACCGUUUCUCGCAAAGCAGUUCUGUAAGAACUCGAACUGUGAUUCCUCCUUACAAUAAUAGUACAGACUUUCUAGAUACUAGUGGAGAUGCAUAUUUUCAUUUAUCUCCCAAUGUGGUGAAACAAUCAAAACCUUCGAAAACCACUAGUGUCAAACGAAAGUCUCAAGUACUAGGAUUUUAAACACCAGGAAAAAAGACAAUGUUUGUGCCACCAAACUCUGGAAAGGAAGAAAAGCUUGAAAUAAAUAAUGUGUGUUAGAUUUUAGUUUGAGAAGUCUGACAGUUGCUAUAAAAUUAUAUUUACCGUUAAGUACAAAUUUAUUUUUGUAUUGUACUGUAUACAUAACUUCAAUGUUUUGUACAGCCACUCCAAAAUAAAUGCUGCAUCAAAUACUG